ACAGUGCUUAGCGGGAAAAUCCAAUUACCUUACUUAAAAGCGCGGGAAGCCGCUCUCAAACGGCACAUAGCUGAGAAAGAGAGACUGAGAGUGGAAGAGGGAGAGAGAUAGAGGAUCAUUUGCAAUCAGAUAUGGUGGGAUUAGCGUACGACUGCUUGGCGAACCCUCUCGGGGCCGUUCGAUCGACGUUCGAGAAAGCCAUCGCGUCGGGAUCGGACCCCGCCUCCUUCGACGGCCGGGACUGGGGCGCUGUUGAUCUCUUCCGUCACUUUCUCUUCGAGGACGAUGGUCUCACUCAGGUGCCAAUUCUGAAUUCUGCAACUAUAAGAUGGGUCCAGCCCAACACUCUGGUUCGGUUUCGGGGAAUGAUACAGGACAUGUUGGGAAAUGAGUUCUAUGUUGGUGCUUAUAAGGAUGGCUCGGUUUGGAGAACCAACAAGUUUACAGAUGUUCCUCAAUUCCCUAUGGAUACUUCACCGGACAUGCGAUUAUGGGAGCGCCGUAUGCUCUACUGCAUCCCGGUGCCAGGACAAAAUUCAUGGACUGAAUCUCCUUCUGAAGCAGUGAUGUAUAGAAGUAUGAAUUCGGCAACCCAACAAAGAGAGAAGCGCCAGAGAUUGGAUGUUGAAGCUACUGAUAACAUGGAUUGCAAUGUCUCAGAUGAAGGAGUUGAAUGCUCUUCUGCAAAAAAGCUGAAAGAGGAUGGACAUCUUCAGUCUCAGGAGUCAAUUACUGAGGGCACCAGCUCUAGUAUGAUUAUGGGGCCUGAUGUCAACAGGGAUUCGCUUCCUUGUCUUAUUAAGAUAUAUGAUUGUCCAGAGUCUGACUUAAAGCUAAAUGAGGUUUUUGAGUUUGUUGGAGUCUUCACUUUCGAUCCAGAGUUCAAAGUGGACAAGGAUGAAUGUGAUGAUUUCACAAAUGGUUUCAGUGAAGAUGUGUUAGUUCAUUUUCCCCCUAAUAAGGUACCACGUCUCCACUGUUUUAUUCACAGGAAACUUGCAGUUCAUGACUUCCUACCUCGUUCCCCUACAGUGGAGCCAAAGCCCCACUUGGUUAAAGAGUUCAGGGAAGCUCUCUUGAGACAUCUUACAGCUAUUCUUGGUAAUGAUGGUGUAGCUGCUCAUUUCAUGCUGUUACAUCUCUUGUCCACGGUAUAUUCUAGAGUUGAAACUGUUGCUGUCGGGAAGCUUUCACUGAAUCUCACUUGUUUUAGCAAAGAAAGUGUACCUGUGUUUGGCACUCCACUUCGCCUUGCUAUGAAGAAUCUUUUACCAUUCACACAAUGUAUAUCCCUAACAGUUGAUUAUCUCAACACUGCUUCUCUCGCACCAAGAAAGGAUUAUGAGACGAACAGGCUGAUAACUGGAGCUCUACAGCUAGCUGAGGGUUCACACUUGAUCUUUGAUGAGACCCAUUUGGAAGCUGGAACUCUCAACUCUGUCGGGGUUGAAAAUGCAAGAGUGCUUAAAACUUUAAUGGAGUUGCAAAAGGUGGAAUAUGAUUUUAAGUUCUAUAAACUGGACAUGGCAGCUGACGUCAAAAUGCUUAUUUUAUCUGAAGGCAAAUCAAACAUUUUGCCUGCUGAUAUAGUGUUACCUUUCCACCCUUCUUCAGUUGGUUCCUCUGAAGUUGCUGCAGAAGCACUAGAGGCUUGGAGAUGGUACUUGGCUACUCUUAGAUCAUUGCCACAUUCUAUUGAGCCGGAAAUGCAGAAGGUGAUAGAAAAUGACUUGGUUGCAGCAAGGCAAGAAGAUAGGAAACUUGGCACCCAAGAUUUUAGCAGAUUGCUCACAAUGGGCCGUCUGAUGUCUAUGAGUUUUGGUGAAACCAGCCUAUCAUUAGAACAUUGGCAGAUGGUUAAGGAACUGGAGAGGUUACGAAAAGAGAGGCUCAAGUGAAAGUAAAAAAUUACUACUGGGAAUUGUUCUAAUUAUUAACUGGUGUAAAUUAUAGCCUAUGGCUCUAGCAGGCCCCAGGUCAGGAACCUUUUGUAAGAAAACCGGAACCUUUUGUAAGAAAAUAUUGUGUCAUUUAAUUAUAGUGUGCUGCCAAUUCGCAUU